AUGCAGAUAACAUCGUGGAUCGUUCUCUCGUUGCUGGCAGUUGUUUGUACACUGGUCUCGUUGCCGCUCCCAGGAUCACCAGUUCUUUCACUUUUACUCGGGUUUUGUUUAUUUUGGAAUGUCUGUUGCAUUAUCUUUACUACGCUAACCGAUCCUGGCGGAGGAGAUAAUGUAGUACCGAUUCAAUUUGACCGGUCAAAACAUAGUCAUGUGAUUGAAAAUAACUUCUGCAAUAUUUGUCAGAUUACAGUGUAAGUCUUUUGAGUUUUACCUAGCGAUGGCGUGACAACCGUUUUUUUUUUGAAAAGACGGAAUAGAUUUGCCAACAUACAUAGCUACAGUAAUAUACAAUAACUAUUUACAAAAAAAGUUGUUGCUUCGUCCUGAAAUAUUUCUCAGAUAUGCAGUUUAACAGUUGAUUUUUUUCUGAGAACGCAUUCCGUUUUUAGUACUCCCGGCACAAAACACUGUAAGCACUGCAACAAGUGCAUACCUAACUUUGACCAUCAUUGCAAAUGGUUAAAUAAUUGUAUUGGCAAAAAGAAUUACAAGUAAGUUUAGUCUCAUUAUAAAGAUUCUUCUUUUAGAGCGUUUCUAGUAUUGGUAGUAUCACUGGUAGUUUAUUCACUCAUUUCAAUCGGUGUUUUUGUGUGGGCCCUUGGGCUCUUCAUAGUCAAUACAGGUCACACAGAGACACGUAAGUAUUUUGUACCUUAUUGUUAGUUCUGAAUCAUUUUUUUCUCUGAAUGGUGAUAUGUUUCCAGAGCCUGAUGGAUUUGUUAAUGAAUACAUGUUCUUUGACGUUUGGAACUGGUUUAUAAUGUGUAUCUUAGUCAUAAUCUGUCAGGGUGUUCUCUGCGGGUCUACAAUUCAUUUGUUAAGUUUCCAUGUUUUGUUGUGGUGUAACAAGAUGACCACAUUCAGCUACAUCGUCCAGCAGCGGCAAAAGAAAAGGGUCAGCAAUUUGGUUUAAAAUAUACCAUUAUCUCCAUGCCAUGUAUGUUACCUUGAUAUGAUUGCAGAUUCACUCGCAACAAGAGUCCGAACACACUACCCAAACGACCAGGUCCUCGCAUAAAAGCAAUAUAUUCAUGUCGACCCGAGUGCGAAAUACGAGAACGAUCGGCGAUUCUCAUCCCCCACUGCCCACAACCCAGGAAGGCAACACGGAUCACUCGGAAGAGAGGAAAGGCUCCAUUCACAACGUCUGA